CUAGCAACAUAAAAUGGCGACCUUCUUUCCUUUUGGUGAUGGAUAAGACUUCAUUAUUUUGUUGGAUUAUUCAGUAGUUAGCAUUUUCUUUUAAGAAUAGUACUUUAAGAAUUUUAAAAGUUCUUUCCUUAUCCCGAUUUUGGGUUAAAAAUGGCGGCAAUCGAAACCCAACAAGCGUUUAAUCCAACAAUGACAACAACACAAGCCAUUAUGCCCGAUAAACCGCGGGUUCCUAUUGUAGCUCAUAUUAUCACAGACGAUGACAUUGGCAUAUUGAAGGGAACAAAGCUCCAACCCAUCAACUUAAGCAGAGUUGUAAAGCUUCUCACAGAUCCACACUCAGUACAUUUGGUAGACAGACACAUUAAUGCACUUCAGCGACUGGUGAAACAUUAUCAGAAGGGAUUUCCCAUGAAAGAUUUAGUUCAGGUUUUCAAGAUCCUAAAUGUGUGUUCUGAUCGUGUGGCGGGCCAAGAUGAGGAACCAUUGUUUGAGAAACUUAUCUGUGAUAUUCUGAAAAUCUGUAGCCUGCCAUUUCUGAAGGAGAAAUCUUCAGAUGAAAUUGUUUUUGAGCAGAUUGUCACAGAGUCUGUCUCACAGCUAGGAUAUUUAAUGCGAGUUCCAUCUCGUGACAUAAGGAGACAGAUAUGUGACACCCUUGUUGCAUUUUACAGUGAAAAACCAACCAAUCAAGAUGUCCAGAAGCUCCAAGCCACCAGUCUGUCAUAUAACAAGAGAGUGAUCGAAAACAGUGAUGUCUCAGAAACAUUAGUCAAAUCCUUGGCAUUGCUAGAGAAAGAUGUGGACAUAAAACUGGCCGUACUGAAUGUACUCCAACACUUCUCUAAAGGAUCAGCCAAGAAUUGUGACCAGAUGCUGAGAGCUGAUGCGGCCACUACUGUCUGUUCACACUUGAUGGAUUCUGACCCCACAGGUCAGCUCCUGUUCCGCUCUGUUGAAAUCCUGUGGAAUAUGUUAGAAAAUGGAGACCAGGGGCAACUUGCUGAGCAGCUUAACAAUUUAACCUGCAUCAGUCAGCUACGAGAUGCUUUUGUGUACCAGUUAACGCAGAGUUACAGUCAUUAUGGCAGACAGCUUCGUAAUGAUCUCCUGGUCAUCACAAUGCUUGUGGCAUCGAAAUGUCCGAACGCUCCCUUUGUAGAGACAGGAUUUGCCAAACAGCUGACAUUGUUUGCAACAUUCCAGGAAGUGAAAAGUCACAAUGCAUUGGUGAAGCAUUUAAAGUUGAUGAAGAGCCAUGAAGAUUUUGAGUUAAAGAAGUUGUUGUUUAGUAUCCUUGUGACUCUCAGUAAAGACCCAACAGUAGUCCCUGUGUUAUCAGAGGGACACCUGAUGCUGGCCCUAUUCUCCUUUGUGAGGGCCAAUGAGAACACGUCUGGCCCCCGGGAGUGGACCCCUGCUCAGUUUGAGGAGAUCCAGCUCCAUGCUAUGUCCUGUCUGUGUGCCCUGGUUCCCCUAAUGAUUGAGGAUUACAUGACUUGCCAGGGUAGCACACGUCUGCUGUUGUUACUGGAAUGGUGUGUGGGGGAAGAGGACUUUGGUGGUCAUGGUAACAGUUUCCAUGGCUCUGGUGGCCGUGGCAACAAGAGAGGACAGAUGAGGCAUUGUUUACGUCUGCUCCGCAGUGUGGUGUCUACAGGAGAUGAAGGUGUCUUACAGGAUCUGUCAGACCAGGGUGUCAUCAACCAAAUCAUCACCAUCUUAAAGAAUGCCAUUCGGAGUGAAACAGAGGACGAUGCUGUGGACAUUGAGAUGCAGUCAGACAUGUUGCUGAUUCUCUCCUGCUUGUGUGAGGGAGACAUGCACAGAAAAGAGCUAUUUGGGGUGGAUGGAGUGGAGGUGAUCAUUCAUUACUUGAGGACCAACUCUAAAUUCCUGAACAGCGGCCUGGGUCAUCACCGUCUUCUGUUGUCAGCUGUAGAUUGUGUCUGGUGUGCUGUGGUUGGAUGUUACAUCACAGAAGAUUUCUUUUUGGAGAAAGAAGGUGUAUUCUUACUCAUUGAUCUCCUGGAGGUCUGUCCAAAAAAUACACACAACCUGAUUCUGGGAUGUCUGUUAGAUCUGUGUGAGAAUCCAAAGACAAUUCACCACAUUCACACAUGGAGGGGCAAGGACAACUGCUCAGCGGCCCACCUGUUCUGUGAAAUUUACAGGAAUGAGGAGAAAGACAUGGGUGUAAAGAGAGAUAAGGACGGGGCUAUUGCUGACAUCACAAAGCCACUAAUGGGGGCCCUGCAGGAGUAUCAGGGUGUAGUACCCCUUCCCGCCAGUAAUCCCAGUCAGUCUAUCGUAGAUGUGUCAGAAAAUAUGAGGGCUAAACUGUACUCACUGUUCUGUAAGAUCGGAUGGUCUGAUUUGUCUGGUCUUACAGUAGAUGAUCAUGUUACACUGGUUGUUUUAGAAAAAUACUUGGAUUUCAAGAUGGGUGAGGUAUGGACCGAGAUCAUUCAGGAACUGCAUGCUGAGAACGUGAGGCCUGUGACUCCAGACAUGGAAGCCAUUGAAGCUAUUUCCCGAGGAAUUGAAGAGCGGGCUAAAAUCGUGGCAGGAACUCAGUACGAACUCCUAGAGGCCCAACAAAAUCAAGACGCUCUAGAUGAGCAAGAAUUCUAUGCCGAGAUUCGUGAAAAUCACAGGCAGAAGGAAAAAGCUCUGAACGAUUUCACUGAUUUUGUUGCUAGAACUUCAAAUUACCAACUACUUAAGGCUGCUAAAAAGAGACAGAACCUGUCCAUUGAGGCUUCACUUAUGGGCAACAGAUACAGGGAAAAGGACAACUUCCAUGAUUCAGAGUUAAAGAACACCAACACUACAACAUUCUGUUUUAACCUUGUGUCAGUAGAGAGCACACCACUGUCUUUAACUGGUGGACCACUGUCAAAGUAUGACACAAAGUUAGGAACCACCCAACCAAGGAAAAUCCUGAAGCAAAAAUUGACCACCAUGAGCUCAAAAUAGGUGCUGGUUUGUAAAAAGGAAGAGACAUUUAGUGACAGGCAGAAAACUAUGGACAUUAGUAAAGAAUUCUGCUGUGAUAUUUUUUGGAAAAAUUGUAAUAUAUAUGUUUUUUUCUUCUUGUACUGAAUAAAUGUAUUUUGACCAAAA